CAUCAUCCACCGCUCUUGCUUUUGUUUUCUGGACAAUGGCUGCGCAGGAUGUGAUGGAACUAGGUGGAUAAAGUGCUAGUAGCUCUUGAGGUGACUUUGUAUUGUUGAUGAGCUAUUGUUUGGGAAUAUUCCUCAGCACUGUAGAACUUCCCCUACCACGACUUUUGCUACUACUAGCCAGGGGGUUGGUAGUUUCUAUCACGCUAUAA